UCCCUGUCACUUCCCCACUCUCCCCAUUCCCCUGGGACACCCAUCCUGAGAUGCCCACAUGCCCUGAGCCCCCCACUCCUGGGAACACCAUGUCCCACCAUGUCCCCAGCCUGUCCCCUGCUGUGUCUCCACCCUGCCACCACCCUGCCCCCACCCUGCCCCCAUCAAGGGCCACCAACACGUGGGGAUGAGACGUGACCUCGCUUCCUGCCCGCCACCCAGGGGACAAGUGGCCCCGGCAGCGUGUGACAGGCAGCCCGGGUGGCCGGGGACAGCGGGAUGGCCGGGAAGGUGGCGCUGCUCCUGUGGGCCCAGACCCUCGGCCUCGCUGGUGCCCAGACCACCCAGCUCCUCGUGCAGCCCCCCUGGACGCCGCCGGUGCUGUGGGACCGGGUGACACUGACCUGCCAGGGCUUGGGCACUGCCGGUGCCACCACCUGGUACAAGGACGGGCAGCGCUGGUGGCUGCAGGGACCCGACCGAUUCGUUGUCACUGAGAGUGGCACCUACCAGUGUGACAGACCCGGCACCGGGCGCAGCCCCCCCGUGAGCGUCUCCAAUGACCGGCUGGUGCUGCAGGUGCCGGCGCGGGCACUGCUGGAGGGGGACACGGUGACACUGCGCUGCCGAGGCUGGAAGGAUACGUCAGUCACCAGGGUGCGAUUUUACCAGGACGAGAAGGAUCUGGGGGGGCCCUUCAAGGGGACAGAGCUGUCCCUGUCCCCCCGACAGCUGCACCACAGCGGCCGCUACCACUGCGAGGGCUUGGAAGGCUUCAGGCUGUCACGGUCAGUGCCCGUGACAGUGACAGUGCACGAGCUGUUCCCGGUGCCGGUGCUGGAGGGUUCUCCCGAGCCCGCCGAGGGGUCCCCCCUCAAUCUCAGCUGCCUCAGCACCCCCAGCCCCCUGCGGCCCCGAGCCCCCCUCCUGCACCUCUUCUACCGGCAUGGGCGGUUGGUGGGGGGCCCGCAGGGGUCCCCGCAGCUCCUGCUGCCCGCCGUGGGGGUCUCCCACUCGGGGAAUUACAGCUGCCAGGUGCGCUCCGAGAGGGGGGCCGUGCAGAAGAGCAGCGCCCAGCUCCGCGUCACGGUGCGCAGGGUCCCGCUCUCAGGGGUGUCCGUGUCGGCGCAGCCCCCCGGGGGACAGGUGGCACUGGGGGACCGCCUGGUGCUGAGCUGCGCAGUGGCCACGGGGACAGGUCCCCUGUCCUUCUCCUGGCACCGGGGUGACUCGUGGGCACUGCUGGGCACCGGCCCCCACCUGGAGCUGCGCCACGUUGGGGACAAUGACAGCGGCCACUACCAGUGCAGGACCAGCGACGGGGACAGCGUGGCUGAGAGUGUCCCCAUAAAUGUCACCGUCCUGGUGCCCGUGGCCAAUGCCACCAUCAGCCCCGGUGCCCUGGCACACCCGGUGCGCACAGGUGACCCCGUGACCCUGCGCUGCUCGGUGCAGGUGGGCUCAGCCCCUGUCACCUUCACCUGGCUGCGCAACGGCCGUGAGGUGGCCCGGGGUCCCCUCCUGGAGCUCGGGGGCGUCCAUGUGGGACAUUCCGGCACCUACCAGUGUGUGGCUACCAACCAGCUGGGACAGGACGGGCACCGCGUGUUCCGGGCACUCAGCCCCGAGCUGGCACUGACGGCGACACCGCAGGCACACUGGGACACAGCAGUGGCCGCAGGGGUUGCCGGGUCCCUCCUGUUCCUGGUCCUGCUCCUGGGUGUCAUUGUGGGCUGUCACCGGUGGCUCCGCCUGGCCUCCAGGAAGCACCAGGAAAGGGCUCCCCCGGAGCCCCCGGCACCCCUGGAGGAGGGGGAGGUGCUGUACACCCACGUCACAAGGACGAAGCGGACGCAGGGGCCCACCUGCACCGCUCCACCCCAGGAUGCCCAAGUGACCUACGCGGAGCUGCCGGGACCCCACGGGCGACCGCGGGCACCCAGUGACAUCUACGGGAACGUGCCGGGACACUGA